AUGGCUGAAGGAACCCUUGGAACUGGUAAAUUUAGUACUGCAUUCAGUACUGCAAAAGCUGUCUUUGAUGUCGUGAAAAAACCGGAAGUACAACAGAGGUUGAUUGCAGCAAGUAAAAAUGAAGCUGUUCGAUCAGCAAUUUCAUCUCUUGCUAAAAACGAAGCUGUGCGUAAAGUUACCCUGAAUGCUCUACAAGAUGAAAAGACUUUGAAAACAGCAUAUGAUAUUGCUCAGGCCUGUGACAAGCAACAACAACAGAAACGUCUUGUAAAAAAAGAUAGUAUACCAGCUGAUAAAUUUGUCAACCAUGCUGGGACUUCCAAAUCCAUUGUAAACAAAGCGCCGACAUCAGUAUAUCCUUCACUUCCUCCAUCGCAAGAUUAUGCAUCUGAUAUUAAUUCUAAAACUGCUGAUAAAUUUGCAGUCAUGCCUAGUCAGUCAAUUUCAUACGAUAUCUUUCAAUCUAAUUUCGCUUCGGAAGCGAAUGCAUUUAUGACAACGAAUCAAGAACAGCAGCCGUAUGGUUAUGCAAAAUUUCAAUUCCUUGCGUCACAUUUUGAUGAACUUUCUGCAGAACCAUCGGAUAUGAUUGUUUUGGAAAAAAAGGUAGAUGAUCAGUGGGUCUAUGCGCUCAAUAAAAGAACUGGUCAAAAAGGAAUUAUGCCACUUUUGUACAUUGAUGUAAAAAUUCCUCUUCCCACAUCAUUAACCUCGUCGACUUCUCAAAUACCAUAUCGUGUGAUUGCUUUAUACGAUUUUGAUAGUAGCGUAUCAGGAGAUCUUACGUUCCGAGCAAAUGAUGAAAUUUAUGUUGUGGAAAAGAUUAAUGACGAUUGGUUAUGUGGUAAGAUUGGAGUACGCCAAGGUAUCUUUCCUGCUAAUUAUGUUCGGGAAAUUACCGUUCCGUUAACAGCACCUUCUGAACCCAUAAGUUGUUAUACAUCAGCGGAAUAUAUCAGUGCUUUAUAUGAUUAUAACAGUGACGUUGAAGGUGAUCUAAUUUUUAAAGCAGGCGAUCAGAUAGAAGUACUAGAAUGGGUAAACGAAGAUUGGUUGAGAGGUAAGCUGAAUGGAAAAAUUGGCUUGGUACCACGCACUUAUAUUGAAAACUGUAGCAGCAAAAUUGAUGCUGGAAAACAUUUAAAUAUUACGAAUACAAUUGUCACUGCAAAAAAUGAUUAUUAUAAUAAUGCAAAAGACCAUUUAUGCUUCUCGAGGGGAGAUCAAAUCGAAGUGAUUGAGGAGAUUGAUGGUAAUUGGUUGAAAGGAAAACUGUUGCUGAAUAUGAGUAAUACGAAAUCCUUCCCGGUGGGAUUAUUUCCAAAGUCGGCCAUUUUAUGA